UUCAGAUUCAACAAAAAAACAAACAAACAAAAAAAGGGGUCAAUUAUUUUCCUUACAAUAUGGGCGGUCCAAGCCCACCUCACUAUACACCCCUCUCCAAAACCACCGCCGGCGGCGCCGCCGCCAAUCACUUAAGACGAAAAAAGCUCUAUUUUCUAGCAAUCAUCACCAUCCUCUGUUCCCUUUCUUACCUCCUCGGCGUCUGGCGCCACGGCCCCGGCGGCGCCACCACCGUCGCCGCCAACUUCGGUGUCGCCGUCCCUUGCGUUAACAGGGUUUCAAGCACCGCCACGACCGAGCCCGGCGGCUCCUCCACGCAACUAGACUUCUCCACCCACCACUCCGCCGCGGACGGCGGCGGCGGCGGAGGAGACGCGGCGGCGAAAUCGUAUCCGGCGUGCAGCUCCAAGUACAGCGAGUACACCCCCUGCGAGGACCAGAAGCGGUCCCUGAAGUUCCCCCGGGACCGGCUGAUUUACCGCGAGCGCCACUGCCCGGCGGCGGAGGAGCGGCUGAAAUGCCGUAUUCCGGCUCCGUACGGCUACCGGACGCCGUUCCGGUGGCCGGAGAGCAGGGAUCUGGUUUGGUACGCGAAUGUGCCACAUAAGCAUCUGACGGUCGAGAAAGCCGGCCAGAACUGGAUCCGGUUCGACGGCGACCGGUUCAGAUUUCCCGGCGGCGGGACGAUGUUCCCGAACGGCGCCGGUGCGUACAUCGAUGACAUCGGAAAAUUGAUAAAUCUGAAAGACGGGUCCAUUCGAACCGCCAUUGAUACAGGCUGUGGGGUUGCGAGUUGGGGCGCGUAUCUACUAUCCCGAGACAUUCUUCCGAUGUCGUUCGCCCCAAGGGACACGCACGAGGCGCAAGUUCAGUUCGCGUUGGAGAGAGGAGUGCCCGCAUUGAUCGGCGUCCUCGCCUCCAAGAGGCUCCCGUACCCGUCGAGGGCGUUCGACAUGGCGCAUUGUUCUCGAUGCCUCAUUCCGUGGGGUCAAUACGAUGGUGCCUACUUGAUGGAGGUCGACCGGAUCUUGCGACCCGGCGGGUACUGGAUCCUGUCGGGGCCACCGAUCCGGUGGCGGAAAUACUGGCGGGGGUGGGAGAGAUCGAGGCGGGAUUUAAAUUCCGAGCAAAUGCAGAUCGAAAACGUCACCCGGAGCUUAUGCUGGAAAAAGAUAGUCGAGAGAGACGACAUCGCCAUUUGGCAAAAGCCCGCGAACCACUUCGACUGUAAGAAGUUCCGGAAACUCGUCAAGAAGCCGACUUUUUGCAGCGCCGGCGAUCCCGACAAAUCUUGGUACACAACCUUGGAGACAUGCCUGACUCCGUUACCCGAAGUGUUGACCCGCGACGACGUCGCCGGCGGCGCGCUCGCCAAGUGGCCGGCGCGGUUGACCGCGACGCCCCCGAGGAUAGCGCGAGGAACGAUCGACGGCGUGACCCCUGAGACGUUCGAGCAAGACACAAGGAAGUGGAAGCGACGAGCCGCGUACUACAAAACGGUUAACAAUCAGCUCGGCCAACGGGGACGGUACCGGAAUAUUCUCGACAUGAACGCUUUCUUGGGCGGGUUCGCCGCCAAUUUGAUUGGCGAUCCGUCGUGGGUAAUGAACGUCGUCCCCGUCGAGGCAACGAGGGACACCCUCGGUGCGAUCUACGAGCGCGGACUAAUCGGGACGUACCAGAGCUGGUGCGAGGCGAUGUCGACGUAUCCUCGGACGUAUGAUUUGAUCCACGCGGAUUCGGUUUUUACGAUGUACGAGGAUCGAUGCGAUCGGGAAGAUAUACUGCUGGAAAUGGAUAGGAUAUUGAGGCCGGAAGGGGGAGUGAUAAUAAGAGACGAUGUGGACGAGGUUGUGAAGGUGAAGAGGAUUGCAGACGGUCUGAAUUGGGACAGCCAAAUUGUGGAUCAUGAGGAUGGACCAUUGGUGAGGGAGAAGAUUUUGUUCGCCGUCAAACAGUAUUGGACAGCCGAAGACGACGCCCGAAUCUGAUCGGAAUCUGGGAUGUAGGAAUAGUACGUAGCUUCUCCGGCGGGUUCUUUUUUCUAUAUAGAUAUAGUUUUGGGGUUUUAUUGUGAUAUUCAAUUGUUUUACUGUGGAGUUUUUGCCCUAAUGUGAAUUAUUUAAAUUGUCAUUUAACAAAGUGUGAUUUUAUUUUUUA